AUGUCGUCCUCCCGUGUUGGUCUUCGUUUCUUCCAGAACACCAGAGCUGCUUUCCGUAACGCAUAUGGCCCUUUCCGUCGGCCUGGUGCCCAGGGCUUCCGCUUCCAGAGCUCCGAUGCUGCGGCCGCUGAGCAACAGAGCACUUUCCAGCGUCUAUGGAACAGCCCGGUCGGUGUGAAGACGGUGCAUUUCUGGGCCCCCGUUAUGAAGUGGGCUCUUGUCAUUGCCGGUAUCUCCGACUUUAGCCGCCCUGCCGAGAAGCUGUCCCUUACUCAAAACGGUGCCUUGAUGGCCACUGGUUGCAUCUGGACUCGCUGGUGCAUGAUCAUCACCCCCAAGAACUACCUGCUCGCUGCUGUCAACUUCUUCCUCGGAUGUGUCGGUGUUGUCCAGGUUGGCCGCAUCAUCAACUACCGCCGUAGCGUUGAUGGCUCGACCACCGCCGCCGUGAAGGAUCUGGAACAGGAGGUUGCCGACGACGCCAAGGCCGUUGCUACUCAGGCGAAGGCUGCAGUCGAGAAGUCUACCUAA